AAAUCCCGGUGAAGUUUGCCAAAAAACUUGAAGCUGUUAAUGCUGAGAUUGGAGGCAGUGUCACUUUGACCUGUGACAUCAGCCACGCCAAAGGGAAGGUGGUGUGGCGCAGGAACGGGGUUGAGAUCAAGCCCAGCAAACGUUUCCAGAUUCGUGAAGAGGGAGUCAAAAGAACCCUGACAAUAACCGCAAUCCGAGCUGAGGAUGAAGGAGAGUACUCCUGCGAGUCCAGAGAUGACAAAAGCAGCAUCACCAUCACCCCCAAAGCUCCCAGAGUGGUGAAAUUCAUUACGAGUCUCAUCAGCGUGGUCUCUGAGGAAGGAAAAGAGGCUGUGUUCAAGUGCACCGUCUCUCCCAGUGACGCUGUGGUCACUUGGCUCAGGAAUGGUGUCAAGAUCGAAGCCAGCAAGAAGUACGUGAUCUCGCAGAAGGACACCAACCACAGCCUCACCAUCACUGAUCUGACGCUGGAAGAUGCAGCUGAAAUCUCUGCCAACGCUGAGGGUGUAGAAAGCAAGGCCAACCUCCGAGUCCGAGAGGCCUCAAUCUCAUUCAAGAAGAAACUGGAGCCCAGAACAGUUGAAGAGAGGGACACCGUGACCUUGGAGGUAGAACUGACAAAAGCUGCAGAGGUCAAGUGGAUGAGGAACAGCAUUGUACUGAAGCCCAGUGAAAAAAUAGAAAUCAAAGCUGAGGGAGCAAAGCACACCUUGGUGGUCAAGGACAUCUCCUUUGCAGACAGGGGCUUCUACUGCUGUGAGAGUCCAGAUGACAAGACCCAAGCCAAGAUCAAUGUGGAAAUGAGGCAGAUCAAGCUGGUGAAAGGUCUUCAGCCCCUUGAAGUCUCUGAGAAAGGGACCGUCACCUUCGAGGUGGAGGUGUCGCAUGAGGACGUGGAAGGGACCUGGCAGAAGGAUGGCAUUCGGCUGAAGCCUUCACCGAACAUCAGUAUUGGUGUCCUGGGCAAGAAACAUUCACUGACCCUUUCUUCGGUGACUCUGGAAGAUGCAGGACUCAUCUCCUUCAAAGCAGAAGGCAUUCAGUCCUCGGGGAGGCUCACUGUAACAGAAUUGCCUGUGAGAAUCAGCAAACCUUUGGUAGACACCAACGUAACUCAGAAGGACAAGGCCACAUUCGAGUGUGAGCUGUCCAGGCCCAACGUGGAUGUUAAGUGGUUCAAGGAUGGGAAGGAGCUCCGGCAAAGUAAAAACGUGGGGAUUAUUUCCCAGGGAAAUAAGAGAAGCCUCAUUAUUCAUAAGUGUGAAUAUGAAGACCAGGGAACCUACAUGUGUAAAGCAGCUGAAGACAAGACAUCAGCUACCCUAAAGGUUCAUGCCCGAGAUAUCAAGAUUGUUAAACCACUGGAAGACGUGGAAGUGAAUGAAUACGAGAGUGCAUCUUUCGUCUGUGAGAUUUCGCAUGAUGAGGUCCAAACCCAGUGGUACAAAAAUGACAGCAAGCUGAAGGCCGCCGAGAAUAUUAGAAUGCGCCAGGAUGGAAAGACCUAUUCGCUGACUUACACGCGCGUCGAAGUCCAAGAUGCGGCAGAGAUCAAAUUCGUGGCAGAAAAGGCAGAAUCUCGUGCCCAGCUCACUGUAAAAGAACUGCCUGUCAAAAUUGUGAAGCCUUUGCGAGAUAAGAUCGCUCUUGAAAAACAUCGGGGAUUCCUGGAGUGCCAGGUGUCUCGUGCCAAUGCCAAGGUGAAGUGGUACAAAAAGGAUGUCGAAAUUCACCCCAGUGACAAAUACGAAAUUGUGAGCGACGGUGUCUAUCGGAAACUCAUCAUCAACGAUGCAGAUUACGAGGAUGAAGACACGUACACUUGUGAUGCCUUUGAUGACAAAAGCAGUGCUAAUUUCUUUGUUGAAGAGCAAUCCAUUAAUAUUGUAAAGGAAUUGUGUGAUGAGGAUGUGACUGAGCCUGAAGAAGCCAAGUUUGAAUGCGAGAUAUCCAUCCCAUCUGUGAAACCCCCCAAAUGGUUUCUACGUGGAGAAGCCUUACAGGCUGGCAGAAACAUUAUUAUGCAGCAAGAAGGCACCGUCCACAGGCUGACAAUACUCAAAACCAGUGCUGAUAUGACCGGCACCAUUCAGUUCUCCAUCGGCAAAUCAAAAUCCACAGCAAACCUGCUUGUCAGAGAUUACCACAUACAGAUCACCAGGAAGAUGGAGGACAAGACAGCUCUGGAGCGCCAUUCCGUCAUCCUGUCCUGCGACUUCCGGCCUUCUCCAAAGGUUGUGAAGUGGUUCAAGGGCCACACGCCCAUUGAGCCGUCUGAGAAGUACAAAAUAAAGCGGGAGCAGCACUCGGCAGAGCUCAAGAUUUUGAAGGUGAAGCCAGAAGAUGCUGGUGUGUACAAGUGUAGGGCUGGAAACGCAGAGACCGAAGCCACACUAACUGUUGAAGCCCGCAACGUCAAAGUACUCAAACACCUGCAGGACGUGGAAAUUGAAGAAGAGAAUUCCGCUGUCUUUUCCUGUGAACUUUCUCACGAUGACGAGGAUGUGGAGUGGUUCCUCAAUGGCAUCCUGCUUUACACCAACAAUUUCAACGACAUCAGGAACGUUGGCAAUUGCUACACGCUGACAAUGAAGCAGGUCAAGCCGGAGGAUGCUGGCACGGUGACGAUGAAGUCGGAUAAGGUAUCCGAGACCGUGCGCCUGAAGGUCAUAGAGAAGCCUUCUGUCUUCAUGAAGUCCUUGGACGAUGUUUUUGGUGAGGAGCGAGGGGUGGUUAAACUGGAAUGUGAAGUCUCCAAAGAGAAGGUCAAUCCUGUUUGGAAAAAGGAUGGUGUGAAGCUCACUUCUGGCAACAAGUAUGAGCAGAUACAAUCUGGGAAGACCCUGUGCCUCCUUAUCCAUGACCUUGAAAAGACAGAUGCAGGUUUAUACACUUGUGAUAUUGGCACUGAUGUUGCCAAGUCAAAAGUCAAUGUUCAGGAACUGAACAUAGGUAUCACCAAACGGCUGAAGAAUACUGAAAUCCAAGAGGGAGAAGAUUGCACUUUUGAGUGCAUUUUAUCUCAUGAAAGCAUUGAUUACUUCAGCUGGACGCUGAAUGGGAGCAAAGUGGAAAGCGGUGGCCGAUUUAAAACCUCUAAUACGGGUCGGAAAUACACGCUCAAUAUCAAAAACGCGAUUCUUGAUGAUGCUGGAGAAGUCAUUUUCACUGCCCGUGGUCUAACUUCCAAGGCUUCUCUGGUUGUAAAAGAAAAACCUACAGAGGUUAUAAAACAUCUGGAGGAUAAAACCUCAGCAGCGGGGCAGGACAUCAGCCUGAGCUGUGAAUUGUCAAAACCUGAUGUGAGCAUUAGGUGGUGCAAGGAUGGCAAAGCGAUCCGAAAAAGCCAGAAAUACGAUUUACGCCAAGAGGGAACACGGGCCAUUCUAAUCAUCCAUGACUCCACGGUCAAGGACAGUGGGGAGUAUACCUGUGAGACUGAGGUCUCCAAAACGAAAGCCAGGAUCACAGUGCAAGAGAAACCUAAUUAUUUCAUCAAGGAACUUUCAGAUCUGAAAGUCGAUGAAAGUGGAACUGCAGUCUUUGUGUGCCAGAGUGAGAAAGCUGCAUCCUCUGUGGUCUGGAGGAAAGGCAUAGCUGAACUCAGAGCUAGCAGGAAAUAUGAGAUCACACAGAAAGGACAAGUCCUCCAGCUGACCAUAAAUAACUUGGAGAAAAGUGACAGUGACACUUACAGCUGCGACAUUGGUGAUGCCCAGUCCAGAGCCAAGCUCGUUGUGCAAGGCCAGAAAGUGCUAAUAACAGAAGACCUGGAAGAUGUCACUGUAUUAGAAGGAGAAUCUGCCAUGUUCAAAUGCAGAAUCUCUCCUGUAGACUAUAGCAAAGUGCAGUGGUUUUUGGAUAAAACCCCACUCCAUACCAAUGAACUUAAUGAGAUCCAGUCCCAGCCUGGUGGAUAUCACUUGCUAACGUUGAAAAAACUCUCACUGAAGGACUCGGGGGUCAUUACAUUUGAAGCUGGUGAUAAGAAAGCAUCUGCCAAUUUGGUUGUUAAAGAGAAGCCCUGCAUCUUCACAGAGGAGCUGGUUGAUACUGAAGUCACUGAGGGAGAGGAUGUGUUCCUUCACUGUGAAACCUCCAAGUCAGACAGCCCCGUAAAGUGGUGCAAAGAUGGGAAGAGCCUUAGGAAUUCUUCCAAGUAUAACAUCAGCCGGUCGGGAUUUGAAGCCAAGCUUGUCAUUCACAGGGCAGAUGAAAGAGACAGUGGGAGAUAUGAGUGUGAGGCUGGAGCAGCUAAAAGUAGUGCUGUUAUUACUGUCAAGGCCAACUCUGCACUCAUCAAAGAAGAGCUGAAGAGUGUGGAAGCUGUGGAAGGUGGGACAGCCAGCCUGCGAUGCCAGCUGAGCAGGGAGGUCCCUGUGGAGUGGAGGAAGGGGCACGUCCUUCUCCGUCCGAGUAACAAGUACAGGAUGAGGCAGGAGGGCACGGUGGCUGAGCUGCUUAUCCACGAUCUGGACCCAAAGGACGCUGGAGACUAUACCUGUGUAGCAGGGAACCAAAAAACCACAGCAGCCUUAUCAGUGAAUGCCUUGCCUGUCCUCUUCCAAGAAGAAAUGUCAAACAAGGAAGCUAUGGAGGGGCAGGCAGUCACUUUGCACUGUAAACUGAGCAAAUCAGCCCCUGUCGAGUGGAGAAAGGGGAAUAAGAUCCUCAAGGCAAGUGAAAAAUACAAAAUAGAGCAGGAAGGUCCUUUUGCGGAGCUGGUGAUCCAGGACUUGGAUUUGGCAGACGCUGGUGAUUACAGCUGUGUGUGUGGAGACCAACAGACUACGGCUGCCUUGACAGUAAAUGUCCUUCCUGCUCUUUUCACCAAAGAACUGGCAGAUGAAGAAGCCACGGAAGGUAAAAGUGUCUCACUACACUGUGAGCUGAACAAGGCUGCUGCCAACGUGGAGUGGAAGAAGGGAUUCAAGACCCUCAAAUCAAGUGACAAAUACAAAAUGAAACGCGAAGGUGUCGUUGCCGAGCUUACAAUCCAAAAUCUAGACCUGACGGAUGCUGGAAAUUAUUCCUGCGUGUGUGGAGACCAGCAGACUAUGGCAGUUUUAACAGUACAUGCUUUGCCUGCAUUUUUCAAAGAAGGAUUGAAGAACAGAGAAGCCACAGAUGGUGCAACAGCCACUCUACACUGCGAGCUGAGCAAGGUUGGGGUCCCGGUGGAGUGGAAAAAAGGGGACAAGAUACUCAAACCAAGUGAUAAGUACAGGAUGAGACAAGAAGAUACGGCUGCAGAGCUGUUGAUCCGAGAUCUGGAGGUAGAAGACACAGGAGAAUACACCUGUGUGUGUGGAGAUCAGAAGACCUCGGCUGUCUUGACAGUCCAUGCCCUGCCUCCGCAUUUUAAAAAAGAGUUGAAGAACGUGGAAGCCACGGAAAAUGGCACGGCCGCUUUCUGCUGUGAACUGAACAAGCCCGCAGCUGCGGUGGAAUGGAGGAGAGGUGACAGAGCCCUGGAGCCAAGUGACAAGUUCACCAUCAGAAGGGAGGGCACAAGAGCCGAGCUGGUGAUCCGUGAUUUAGAUCUGACAGAUGCUGGAGAAUACACCUGCUGUUAUGGAGAUCAGAAAACCACUGCUGCACUGAAAGUGAAUGCCUUGCCUGCACACUUCAAGGAAGAGAUGAAGAACGAAGAAGCCACAGAAGGUGGAACAGCCACGCUACGCUGCGAGCUGUCUCGGGCUGCCUCUGUGGAAUGGAAAAAGAAACACAAAGUGCUCAAAUCAAGUGAAAAAUAUACUAUGAGACAGGAAGGUACUACUGCACAACUGGUGAUCCAUGCUUUAGAAGUCAAGGAUGCUGGGGAGUAUACCUGUGUGUGUGGAGAUGAGAAAACUACUGCAGCACUGACAGUGCAUGCUCUUCCUGCUCUCUUCAAAGAAGAGUUAAGAAAUGAAGAAGCCAUGGAGGGUGAAGCAGUGACUCUGCGCUGUGAGCUGACCAAGACCGCUUCAGUGGAGUGGAAAAAGGGGCACACAAUACUCAAACCUAGCGAGAAAUAUAAAAUGAGGCAGAAGGGUGUCGCUGCAGAACUGGUGAUCCAUAACCUAAAUGAGAAUGAUGCUGGUGAUUACACCUGUGUGUGUGGGGAUAAGCAGUCCACAGCUUCCUUAGCAGUACACGCGCUGCCUGCACGCAUCAAGGAGAGCCUGAAGGACGAGGAGGUAACAGAAGGUCAAGCAGCCACUCUGCGCUGUGAGCUGAGCAAGGUUGCUCGAGUAGAGUGGAGAAAGGGAAGCAGCUUGCUCAAAGUCAGCGACAAAUACAAAAUGAGACAGGAGGGCACGGUCGUGAAGUUGCUUAUCCAUGAUGUAGAAUUGAAAGAUGCUGGAGAAUACACUUGUGUGUGUGGAGAACAGGAGACAACCGCUGCCUUGAUAGUGCACGCCCUGCCAGCACUUUUCAAAGAAGAACUCAAGGACCUGCAAGCCAUGGAAAGCCAAGCGGCCACUCUGUGCUGUGAGCUGACCAAGGCUGCAGCUGUGUCGUGGAAGAAAGGAAAUAAAAUACUCAGGGCAAGUGAAAAAUACGUCAUGCGACAGGACAAUGCCUUUGCCGAGCUGAAAAUUCGUGAUCUCGAGUUGCAGGAUGCUGGAGAUUACACCUGUCUGUGUGGAGACCAACACACCACGGCUUCUCUGACAGUAAAUGCCCUGCCAGUGGUUUUCAAGGAAGAACUGCAGAAUGAAGAAGGCCUAGAAGGAGCAUCAGUCUCUCUGCGUUGUGAAUUAAGCAAAGCAGCCCCAGUGCAGUGGAAAAUAGGGUCCAAAGUGCUCAAAGCAAGUGAAAAAUAUCAAAUGAGACAGCCUGGAACCACUGCAGAGCUGGUCAUUCAUGAUCUAGAAGUAGAAGAUGCUGGAGAUUACACCUGUGUGUGUGGUGACCAGGAGACAACCGCAACCUUAACAGUUUGUGCUCUGCCACCGCUCUUUAAGGAAGAGCUAAAGAACAAGGAAGCAGAAGAAGGUGGAGAAGUCUCCCUGCACUGUGAGCUCACCAAGGCUGCUCUGGUGGAGUGGCGGAAGGGCCAGAGGAUUCUCAAAGCAAGUGAGAAAUACAAAAUGAGGCAGGAAGGGACUAAGGUAGAGCUGGUGAUUCAUGAAAUAGCUGAGAAGGAUGCAGGAGACUACACCUGUGUGUGUGGAGAGCACCGGACUACAGCUGUCCUAACAGUACAGGCUGUGCCUUCAUUUUUCCAAGAAGAAAUGACCAGCGAGGAAGCGGUAGAAGGUGGAACGGCCACUUUGCUCUGUGAGCUCAGCAAGGCAUCUGCCCAGGUCCAGUGGAAGAAGGGCCACCGCGUCCUCACCUCGGACAACAAGUACAGCAUGAGACAGGAAGGCCGUGUCGUGGAGCUGGUGGUUCACGAUUUAGAUGUGAACGAUACUGGAGAUUACACCUGUGUGUGUGGAGACAAGGCCACCACAGCCACACUAACAGUGCAUGCACUGCCUCCAGAAUUCAAAAAGGACCUGAAGGAUCUAGAAGCUCUAGAAGGUGGGACAGCUGCUCUGCACUGUGAGCUCACAAAACCUGCUGCGGUGGAGUGGAAAAAAGGGCAGGAGAUGCUCAAAGCAAGCAGCAAAUAUAAAAUGAGUCAAGACGGUGCUGUUGCAAAGCUGAUUAUCCACAAGCUGGAUGUGGAAGAUGCUGGAGCUUACGCUUGUGUGUGUGGAGAUCAGCAGACAACUGCCACUCUGAGAGUCAAUGCCCUACCAGCACUUUUUAAGCAAGAGCUUCAGAAUACUGAGGCAGAAGAAGGUGGUAUGGCCACACUGAGGUGUGAGCUUACCAAACCCAAGGCUCCGGUAGAGUGGAGGAAAGGAGAUGUUACUCUCUUCCCUGGUUUGAAAUAUGAGAUGAAGCAGCAGGGCUCCACUGCUGAAUUGGUCAUUUAUGACCUAGAACUGGACGAUUCAGGAAGGUACACCUGCGACACUGGACAUCAGCAGACGACGGCUGUGGUGGCCGUACAUGCACUGCCUGUUAUAUUUAAGCAACCUCUACAAAAUAAGGAGUCAGAGGAAGGAAGCACAGCUGCGUUCUGCUGUGAGCUGUCGAAACCCAAUGCUGUCGUGGAAUGGAGGAAAGGAGGCGUGGGGCUGCAGCCCAGCCAGAAAUAUGAAAUGAGGCAGAGGGAAUGUCUAGUAGAGCUCUUAAUCCAUAAUCUCAAAUUAGAAGAUACAGGAGAAUACAGCUGUUAUACUGGGGAUCAGGAAACCAAGGCAAUUUUAAAUGUGAAAGCUCUGCCAAUCCUUUUCAAAAAGGAGCUCAAUGACAAGGAGGCAGAAGAAGGAGCUGCGGUGAAAUUCCAGUGUGAACUGACAAAGGAUAAUGCAACAGUGGAGUGGAGGAAAGGCACCAUGGAGCUCUUCCCGUGUGCCAAAUACAAAAUCACAUUAAGUGGUCGCACGGCUGAACUUGUGAUUCAUAACGUAGAACCAGAAGAUGCCUCUGAUUACACGUGUGAUACAGGAGACCAGCAGAGCACAGCAGUCCUCAAAGUGAAUGCCAUCAAACCCCGGCUGAAGCAGCAGCUGAAGAAUGAAGAAGUGGAGGUGGGAGGAACGGCCAGGCUGCGCUGUGAGAUUUCCAUUAGCAAAGCAGAAGUAGAGUGGAGGAAAGACGGAGCUGUCCUCCGCCCGAGCUCCAAGUACGAAAUGUGGCAGGAUGGCACCCUCCGCGAGCUGCGUGUUCACCACUUGGAGCCUGGUGAUGCUGGAGAAUAUUCCUGCAAGGCUGGAGAUGAGACAAGCUCUGCGAAACUGAUCGUGAAAGAGCCUGAUGUGACCAUCGUGAGUGGCCUUAAGAACAUGGUGGUGUUUGAAGGGGACGAUGUCACAUUUCGGUGCCAGGUUUCUCACGAGAACGCGAGGGACGUUGAAUGGAAACUGCAGGAUGUUGCUUUGCAAAAUAAUGAAAUGAACGAGAUCUCGGUGGAAAAAGGAAAGAUUCACACCCUGACAUUAAGGAAGGUGACUGAGCAGGACAUUGGCACCAUCACUUUCCGAGUGGGACCGCACACGUCGAAGGCAGAGCUCAGUGUGAAAGUGCCACCUCCAGUCUUUAAGGAGAAAUUACAGAAUGCAGAAGCUCAGGAAGGAGAAGCAGCCAUCCUCCGCUGCCAGCUCUCCCAGCCUAAUGCUGUGGUGGAGUGGAAGAAAGGAGCUCAGGUGAUUUCCCCAAGUUCCAAGUAUGAAAUCCAGCAGGAGGGAACGAUCCAUACUUUAAAGAUCUGUCACUUAAAACCAGAAGACUCUGGCAAAUACACCUGUGACAAUGGAAAUGAACAAACAACAGCUACUUUAACUGUUAAAGCUUUGCCAGUAAUUUUCACACAACCACUCCAGAACCAACAAGCUGAAGAAGGCGGCACCAUCACUCUGAGCUGUGAAAUCUCAAAACCAAAUGCUGCUGUACAGUGGAAGAAGGCUGGGAUGGUGCUGCGACCAAGUGACAAAUAUAAGAUGCGUCAAUCUGGAUCUGUGGCUGAGCUGACGAUUCGCAACCUGAGUGAAGCUGAUUCUGGGGACUACAUGUGCGACGCAGGGGACCAGCAAACCACUGCAGCCGUGCUCGUGAAAG